GGACUGAAUGUGAUGCCCAUGACGUGCUGUUCAGCAUGUACACGGAGCUGCAGGCCCAGAAGGUUAAACUCCUUGCUGAGAUGGCCACAAAUCUGAUGAUCCUCCACUCCUACCUACUGAUCAAGUUUCGUGCAGCAGCAGUGUUCUUCGUGAGAGCGGCCGAACCCCCUCAGCUCGUACCUCCGUGUGGUUUUCUCCUCCGUCACUGUCGUACGGGGCCCCGGCCCGGUGUCAGACCAGACACAGCUGCUGAGAAACGUUUGAGAAAUGUGUCACCCGUGUGCGGCGGAGGCGAGAGACACCAUCUUAAAUAAAACAGGGCUUUACAGCAUCCAGCAUCCCUCUGUCCUUGGACCCUCACAGUGGAUAAUGGAAAAACUCCCCCAAAAAACAGGGGAGAAAUGGUAGAAAUCCCUCCAUUGAGUCCAGACACCAGUGGUGGUGGUGGCUGCUGACUCUGAGGCUGCUGACUGCUGAGGCGGAUGAGGCAGAUGAAUCUGUAAAGACUAGAUGGUGAUGGGGAGGUGGAGGGUGCACACCACUGCAGCAAAGGCAGAGAAAGAACCAUAUUAAAAAUGAGGAGCAGUACGAUGAUAGGCUGACAGAGAAGGUGUGUCGCUGUGCUGUUGGUUAAUUGUGAGUCAGCCGAAAAACAGCUGAUGACUCAACUGACAGACCCAGACGAUGACACCUAGAGAUGAUAAACCAUCAUGAUUCCCAUCACAGAGCUCCGGUACUUUGCUGACACCCAGCCAGCGUACCGUAUCCUGAAGCCAUGGUGGGACGUUUUCACCGACUACAUCUCAAUCGUCAUGCUGAUGAUUGCGGUGUUCGGUGGUACGCUGCAGGUCACGCAGGACAAGAUGAUCUGCCUGCCUUGCAAGUGGGUGGUCAACAAGUCCUGCGAGACCAUGCCCGCCCCAAAUGUAAGCACCGCCUAUGCACCAGAACCCAAAGGCAUUCAGUAUGACCUUGACCGUCAUCAGUAUAACUACGUCGAUGCUGUCUGCUACGAGAACAAACUACAUUGGUUUGCCAAAUAUUUCCCAUAUCUGGUGCUACUCCACACCCUUAUCUUCCUGGCCUGCAGCAACUUCUGGUUCAAGUUCCCCCGCACAAGCUCUAAACUGGAGCACUUUGUCUCCAUCCUCCUCAAGUGCUUUGACUCCCCGUGGACAACAAGGGCUUUGUCUGAGACUGUGGUGGAGGAGAGCGACCCCAAACCUCUGGGGAAGAUGAACGGUUCGAUGGAUAAGAAGGCCUCAUGUGUGAGCGAGGAUGUUGAGGCUAGCGUACCCAUGCUGCAACGAACAAAGUCCAGAAUUGAACAAGGAAUUGUAGAUCGCUCUGAAACUGGGGUUUUGGAUAAAAAGGAAGGGGAGCAGGCCAAAGCUCUUUUUGAGAAGGUGAAGAAGUUCAGGAUCCACGUAGAGGAGGGUGACAUAGUAUACCGUCUUUAUAUACGUCAGACCAUCAUCAAAGUAAUCAAGUUUGUACUGAUAAUUAGCUACACAGCCUACUAUGUGCGCUACAUCAGGUUCAGUGUAGUGUGCACAGUGAACAUACAGAAAUUAACAGGGUACAGCACGUUCUAUUGUGCUCACCCGUUAGCCACUCUUUUCAAGAUUUUGGCCUGUUUCUACAUCAGCUUGGUGGUGGUUUAUGGUCUUAUCUGCAUGUACACUCUUUGUUGGAUGCUCAGCCGCUCCCUCAAACGAUACUCCUUUGAAUCAAUCCGCGAGGAAAGCAGCUAUAGCGACAUCCCUGACUUGAAGAACGAUUUUGCCUUCAUGCUGCACAUGAUAGAUCAGUAUGAUCCUCUCUAUUCCAAACGCUUUGCUGUGUUUCUGUCAGAGGUGAGCGAGAACAAGCUAAGGCAGCUGAACCUGAACAAUGAGUGGACGAUGGAGAAGCUGAAGCAGCGCAUCACCAAGACCUCCCAGGAUAAGCAGGAGCUGCAUCUGUUUAUGCUCAGUGGAAUCCCAGACACAGUAUUUGAUCUAGUUGAGCUGGAAGUGCUCAAGCUGGAGCUCAUCCCGGACGUAACUAUCCCACCAAUCAUCGCCCAGCUCUCCAACAUGAGAGAGAUGUGGCUCUAUCAUACACCAGCUAAAAUUGAGGCACCAGCUCUUGCUUUCCUGAGAGAGAACCUGAAGUCUCUUCACAUCAAGUUCACAGACAUCAAGGAGAUCCCACUGUGGAUCUACAGCCUGAAGAACCUCAGUGAGCUUCACUUAACCGGGAACCUGAGUGCUGAGAACAAUCGUUACAUCGUCAUUGAUGGGCUUCGGGAGCUCAAAAGGCUCAAAGUGCUUCGUCUGAAAAGCAACCUGACCAAGCUGCCGCAGGUCGUGACGGAUGUGGGCGUGCACCUCCAGAAGCUCUCCAUCAACAACGAGGGCACCAAGCUGAUGGUGCUCAACAGCCUGAAGAAAAUGGUCAACCUGACGGAGCUUGAGCUUGUUCGCUGCGACCUUGAACGCAUUCCACACUCCAUUUUUAGUUUGCACAACCUGCAGGAGAUUGACCUGAAGGACAACAACCUGAAGACCAUAGAGGAGAUCAUCAGCUUCCAGCACCUGCACCGGCUGGUGUGCCUGAAGCUAUGGUACAACCAGAUUGCCUACAUCCCCAUUCAGAUCGGAACACUUACCAACUUGGAGAGGCUGUAUCUGAACAGAAACAAGAUAGAGAAGAUCCCCAGCCAGCUCUUCUUCUGUCGCAAGCUGCGCUUCUUAGACCUGAGUCACAACAAUCUGACCAACAUCCAUGCUGAUGUAGGCUUCCUCCAGAACCUGCAGUACUUCGCUGUGACAGCAAACAGGAUCGAGACUUUGCCCCCAGAACUGUUCAAGUGCAAGAAGCUGCGUACUCUGAAUCUGGGAAACAACUGCCUGCAGACGCUGCCAUCACGCUUCGGGGAACUCACCGGAUUGACCCAGCUGGAGCUGAGAGGGAACCGUCUCGAGUGUCUCCCGGUGGAGCUCGGUGAGUGUCGGCUGUUGAAGAGGAGCAGUCUGGUGGUGGAGGAGGACCUGUUCAACACGCUGCCGCCAGAAGUCAAAGAGCAGCUCUGGAGGGCCGAUAAGGAGCAAGCUUGAACUAAACCCCAGUGGAAAGCUGCAGAGGAGAGAAGUUUGAUUUAAGAAAUAAUAGAGUGGUGAUAUUGUUUGUAUAUGCAAACUAGAAGUUUGCAGCAGUGUCGGCCAUGCAGGCUCCGAAAAAUGGCUUAUUGUUUGAUUGGUGCUCGGGGCCCUCCUGGCAGAACCUGUACAAGCAAGGCAUUUCAAGACCUCCAAGGAUGUUAAUGGGAAUCACAAGUUAUAUGGUCGCCAAAGAAUAAUCUCGGUGAUGACUGUUGGUUCAGUAACGUGGCUUUUCUGUAAUAUCAUCCCGAAUAUAAAGCUGCAAGGAUGGAAGCAGGCGAUGUUGAAUAUGCAUGCCACAGUAGGACCUUGCUAAAGCAAACCUGUUUAUAAGAGAGAACUGAAAAAAACUGCAUGAUUCAGCCUUGCCAGUGAGCUAAAUGUGCUCACUAUCAUUUCUUUGCGGAUCAUGGGACACAUGCGCCAAAUGAACGUGCUCAAAGCAGUGUUUGCCUGAACUUCCUCUGGCCUUGAGACUCAAAAUUUUUCGUUUGAAAUUUAUACAGUUACAUUUGCAGUUGCGGCGCCCCGUGUGGCUCAGAAUACUGGCAGAUGUUCGUAAAUAAAUUAAAGUGCAACUGACAGCCAAUUUGUUGAGGCAUGAACGUUUGGUCCUGUUGUUUUCUUCAGGCUCUCUGCACCCCCAACAUGCUCGGAGGCAUCUUUUUAUGUGAACAAAAUAACUCUGACGAUCAACGGUCAACAGAUCGUCCCACAACUGAUCUCACAGCUUAGGCCUUAACUCAGAGGACUGAUGAAAGAACAUCAGAGAAACAAUAGGGGACAAACUGCAGUGCAAGUCUAAAUACCCUGCAGCUGUUAAUUUGUAACGUUAGUCAGAGUGGCAGGUGAUUUCUAAACUGUGUGGGAGCUGUGGUGUGGAACUCUUGCUUUUCUAAACAACAUGUCUUCAGUAGGCAUGGUGGCACAGACUUUAUUUUAUAUGACUUAACAUCACACACAUUACGGGUGUGUCUUAUCAAAGUUUGUGAGAUUGAUUGUGAUUGGACAAGAAACAAGGUCAAGAAGUUAUUUUGGCUUUGAGCUAUAUAAUGAGGUACUUUUAAAUGCUACCACACAUUGGUAUCAUGCUUGGGCCUGGGACACAGGCUGUGUUGAGAUUGGUUCAACAUUAAAAUUAGACGCGAUCAAUAUCCAGUGAGGGACUGAAUGCCACACAUUCUACACAGCCAUUGAUUCGCUGUUUUUGUGUAUGAUUUUAUUUUAAGUUGCUUAUGGAACAUAUACUUGUUGUCAAAGAUCUUAAGUGACCUUUGUUUAGUUGAAGGCUGAUGUACGUGUUGCUUACCUGACUAGAUAGUAAUAACACAAGGUGUCCCCCGCCUGACAGGAAGUACAGGGGACUCAAUUAGAAAACUCCGUCACAGUCGAUUUCUUUGUCUUCGUUAAAUUAAAACUUACGCAAACUUGCACAAUGCUAAUCAUACAUCCAGAAUAUGUCGAUGAAAAACAAGAAUCACAGUACUUUUAAGAGACUUAAGAUGAUUAUUACCUCCAAGAGGAUGAACUCCUGCAGAUGUGAGACAGGAGAGUCUUAACUAGCUGCAAGGUACUGCCGGUCCCUAAAAGAAAAAGUGUUGUUUUUGGUGACUCAAGUGCCCAGCUGUUUGUAUGUUAGCCCCUCUAUUUAUCAUGCUCAGUUUACAUCAGGGUAAACUGGACAUUUUUCUGCGCUUUGUUUAUCCACUGAAGAGCAAACUGAGGACAAACAGGAAAUUAUAGUGAAGGAAACUGGUUCUGACUGAUCCUACCCGAGGGAAAACAUUUAUUCCAGAGUAUGCAGACUAUGUGAUUUCCACAUUCAUGGUCCAAAUUAGUGCAACAUGCUUUGUCUGCUUGAAACACUUUUCUUGUUAAGACCUUGGAUUUAAUAGCAUCGUUUGGAGUAACCCUGCUAUGUUUACUCCAGCCAGGCAUCUUGUUGCUAAUAUGGCCUUAUCCUUCACAAGCCGCAUGCCCUGUUAAUAAUCACAAACAUCAUGUUCAUGACUUGUUUUGUGUGUGUUCUAAAAUGUAUAGCUGAAAUGUUUUAUAUCAGUCACAUAUUAUGUGGUCUUAUUGUUACCAGCUGUUUUGCUUUGAAUUUAACUUAUUUUUUUAAAGAGGUUUUAUGGGAAGUUUUACUGUAAUAAUAUAAUCGCACCUUUGUUCACAGUGAAUUUUGUUCCACUGAGUCCCUGGCUAAAUCCAAAUGCCCUUCUCGGGGUCAUAGGUAAUUUGCUCCACUUCUGAAAGAAGAGCCUCAGUCUUGACUGUGUUGACUAGCAGCCAGCUUUGAGUUGUAAGCAAAGGUCACAGGCUAAGUAAAAAAAAAAAAAGGAACAGAUGACAUCAGUGAAACUCAGCAAUUUAAAGGAAAUCUCAGCUUUUCCAGUAUGUAUGAACUUGUUCGACAUGUUUUUAAGUGGCAUUUCUGCUCUUGAUGAAUUAUUGUGGUGCCAAGAAAGAGACAAAACAUGUUUUUCAGUACACUUUACAGGUAGUGACCUGUUGUUGCCAAAUAAUGAGUGCAAAUAAGGACAUUUAGGUACUAGCACAUGCAGUAUAUACACAUUAUAAAAAUAGAAAUAAUCUAUUGCAGUAGGUGGUUACAGAUAUAGGGACAAGUUGUGGGAAGACUGGUACGUCAUUCCAAACUAAGAGAUAGUAACAUGGCUCAUUGUGGUGGUGCAGUGCAGUUGUCACUGCUGCUGACACUAAAAAUCUCCUUCCUGCAGUGCACCACAGUGUCAAAUUAGGAUGUUGAAACAAUGCCUGUCAGUUGUAUCAAAUGUCUUUUGGCCUUAACGUGGUGGUCAUCAGAGGUUGAGUAGUCACAGCUAAAUAUUCUUUUUAUGACCCUGAAUUGAUCCUUGGUACAGCGGUUUUAGUGUAUUUAACUCUUGAAGCUUGAGAGUGCCAUAGAAAUCUUUCUCAGGGCAUCACUGGAAUGCUAGUCACAUCUUGGAUUUGCUAAAAUUGCUUUACAUAUAUCCGUCCAUUCGCCAUUUCAGCUCUGUCAUAUUCAAUCUAUGUCAGCAUUGUGACACAUCUGUAGUCAGCCAAAUUUUCUGAGUCACAUUUUCCUGCUAACGUUUGGAUUUAUAUUGACAAAUACCCUUUUUGUCCUGACCUCCAGAGCUGUGACUGCAGCCAUACAGUCCUCAACAGUCACUUCCCUCUGAGUCACAAGAUGAGCACAUUAAAACCCGCAGCCAGACUCCCUUUCCUGCUUGUCAGCGUCACUGAAUCGGGUGACGGGUCUUAGCUGAGGUUAGUCAGCUGUUUGCAGAGAACCAAAAGAAGAAGUUUUAGUCAAAAUAUCCCUUGGUUACUUGAAAACUCUUACGCAGGCACUUUAAUUAGUGUCAUGUCAGAGGUGGCCCAUUCUCAUGUAAACACUUAAAAAAAAAACCUAACUUAAAAAAAAUCAAUUAGCUCUUUUUUUUUUUUAAUUAUGUGCUAAAAUGUGCCCAAAGUUUUGUUUUGAUCUUUUGUGUUGCCUCUCCUGAAUUUCUUCAAAGUACGAAAUGCUCUUGCCUUAAGUAGUGUAGUUUGUGUGAAACAGCGUGAUUUAUCAGUUAAUUCUGACAGGAUUAACUCAUUUGGAUCAAGAGGGGGUUUUACAGCAGACAGUGACAUGCUGAUUUCUGUGGACACAGCUCAUUUCCCAAAAAAGGACAGGAUUUCACAACUCAACAGAAGCAAGUCAUGACAAUCUAACAUACUGUAAAUGGAGAUGAUCUCUCCCUCUAGUGUGGUGCCCACACACUGUUAAUAUCUGUAAUAUUUCUGAAGUGUGUACAUUUUUGGACGGUUGUAACCAUUUCACUUGAACUCAGAAAUCGCAUUAUUCAAAAAAACUGCCAUGAUUGCAUUGACAUCUAAUCGCUACCUGUGUAUAAAACCUUUUUUGAAUACAUGAUUGUAUUUACUAUGUAUGAUUCACUCAUCUCUGUAUUCUGAUGCCUGUAGAUCAGGGAUAUGAAAACAGUUCCUUUUAUUCGGGGUUCACAUCUAUUUCAUCUUGCAGCAUGAGUUUGCAGAUGCUGAACUUGUGUGCAUUAUAGCCAUACUGAAAGCCACACCACUUAACCCCUAGCAGCAAUCACUGUUGAGCAUUAACUUUAAGCUGGAUGGACAGACUUGUUUUAAUCAGCACCGUCUGUAUCACGUGACAAGGCCUUUAUUAUCUAAUUGUUGCCAAGUGGACUGAACACUGGCUUUUUAAGCAGGAUGUCUGUAACAAUGGACAACUGAACUGUAUUUCCUAAUGUUCAGACCCUACGUUUUGUACCAUUCUGACACAUGAUAAUGAAAUAAACACUUAACACCA